CGCCUCACUCGCCUGCAAAGUUUACUCCCGUCGGGGUGCGGGGCGUAGCGACCAGUGGCUGCCUACUUCGGGAUGCUGCGCCUCGCCAGGCUGUGCCUCGGGAGCCCAGCGCUGCUGGAAACCCGGGCGGUCCUCUCCCCGGGUUGGCAGAAAACGAGCUGGCAGGGCAUCCGUCCCAUCAGUUCCACAGAGGAAGAUCGCACUGCCCCCCUGCCCACUGGAGGCCUCAGCUACAUCCAGGGCAGCACCAAGCUGCGUCUGAUGGACAAGACCGUGGGGCAGUGCCUGGAUGCCACUGCACAGAGAGUCCCAAACCAAGAGGCCUUGGUUGUCGUCCAUGAAAACAUCAGGCUGACCUUUGCCCAGCUCAAGGAGGAGGUGGACAAAGCUGCUUCUGGGCUCCUGAGUAUCGGCCUCUGCAAGGGUGACCGGCUGGGCAUGUGGGGACCCAACUCCUAUGCGUGGGUGCUCAUGCAGCUGGCCACCGCUCAGGCGGGCAUUAUUCUGGUGUCUGUGAAUCCAGCCUACCAGGCCAUGGAGCUGGAGUAUACCCUCAAAAAGGUGGGCUGCAAAGCUCUAGUAUUCCCCAAGCAGUUCAAGACCCAGCAGUACUACAACAUCCUGAAGCAGAUAUGUCCAGAGCUGGAGAAGGCCCAGCCAGGGGCCUUGAAGAGUCAGAGGCUCCCGGAUCUGACCACGGUCAUCGCAGUGGAUGCCCCUCUGCCAGGGACCCUGCUUCUGGAUGAGGUGGUAACAGCUGGCAGCAAAGAGCAGCAUCUGGCCCGGCUCUGGCACACCCAGCAGUUCCUGUCCUGCCACGACCCCAUCAACAUCCAGUUCACCUCGGGAACAACAGGAAGCCCCAAGGGGGCCACCCUUUCCCAUCACAACAUUGUCAACAAUUCCAAUAUGAUAGGGGAGCGCCUGAGACUGCACAUGAAGACACCAGAGUCAUCACGGGUGGUCCUGCCCAGCCCCCUGUACCACUGCCUGGGUUCUGUGGGGGGCACCAUGGUGAGCAUGAUGUACGGCAUCACCCUCAUCCUGUCCUCUCCCAUCUUUGAUGGCAAGAAGGCGCUGGAGGCCAUCAGCCAAGAGAGAGGCUCCUUCCUGUAUGGCACUCCCACAAUGUUCGUGGACAUUCUGAACCAGCCAGACUUCUCCAGUUACGACAUCUCGGCCAUGUGUGGAGGUGUGAUUGCUGGGUCCCCUGCCCCCCCAGAGCUGAUUCGAGCUAUUGUCAACAAGCUGAACAUGAAGGAGCUGGUGGUGGCUUAUGGAACCACAGAGAACAGUCCUGUGACCUUCAUGAAUUUCACAGAGGACACUGUGGAGCAGAAGGCAGAAAGUGUGGGCAGAGUUAUGCCUCACACAGAGGCCCAGAUCGUGAACAUGGAGACACAGACAGUGGCAGAGCUGAACACACCCGGAGAGCUGUGGAUCCGAGGGUACUGCGUCAUGCUGGGCUACUGGGGGGAGCCCCAGAAGACUGAGGAAGCAGUGGGAACAGACAAAUGGUAUCGGACAGGAGACAUUGCCAAGAUGAAUGAGCAGGGCUUCUGCAAGAUUGUGGGCCGCUCCAAGGAUAUGAUCAUCCGGGGUGGUGAGAACAUCUACCCUGCAGAGCUCGAGGACUUCUUUCACACACACCCGCAGGUGCAGGAAGUGCAGGUGGUGGGAGUGAAGGAUGAUCGGAUGGGGGAGGAAAUCUGUGCCUGCAUUCGGCUGAAGAAAGGAGAAGAGACCACGGCAGAGGAGAUCAAGGCUUUCUGCAAAGGGAAGAUCUCCCACUUCAAGAUUCCCCGAUACAUCGUGUUUGUCACAAACUACCCCCUCACAGUCUCAGGAAAGAUUCAGAAAGUCAAACUCCGAGAGCAGAUGGAAAAACAUCUAAAUCUGUGAAGAAUGUGGGGGGCCCCUUCCCCACAUUCCAGGCCCUCCCAGCCCUUCCCCCACAUUCCCUUUGUCUGUCCGUGUGACUUGGCAUAAAGAGCAUCUCUGUUUUCUUUG